UGAACAAGGUUCCUGAAAUUCAGACCCUAGAGCAGACUAUGGUCCUAUUGGAAAGGGAGAUAAGGGGAGGGGAGCUGCAUCUCUGGCUCUACACUUUAGGGUCUUUACCCUGUGGUUCUAUGGGAGGUUGUCCUAAUCCUUUUCCUUACCCUGGUCUUCCAGUAGCUACACCUCCAUCCUAUUCCAUAUUAUUGUUUGUUUUUCUGGUUGUUCCUGCCCUUCCCACGUCUUACUAGUAUCCUAUUUUCAGCCACACAGGGAGCUUGAGCUAGGUUGGUAACUGUUCUCAGGAUUAAUGCUGAAGUCUAUUUAGUGCCUUCUUGGCCAGUGGUUUUUCCCUUAAGGACAGGGCUCUUUGGGCUGGACUACCCCUGUCUGUAGGCAGGAAACAAUAGGGAGGUCACUUGCAAAACUUAAGGUGUAGGAGGCCCUGGUUCCUCAGGAUCACCUUGCUCCUCAGGGCUUCAGCAGCUGUGGGGGCGGCAAGGCUGGGAGUGCCCUAGUUCUGAAUAUCUCAGCUGGAGACAACUGCAGAUGGGGGAUGAAAGUAGCAUCUUUCUCUUCACCCUCAAACCUGAAUUCUCCAGGUGCGGGGCACUAGGUUUUCAUCUUGUUCUUUUAUUUCUCCUUGUGUUUGGGCAAGGAGAAAUUUUGUUCCCUUGAAUCCAAAGAGAAGGCAGGAGAGAGUCAACAGCCAGGGAAAUCCCAGUACUUCAGUAAAGCUGCUAAAAACACUGAUUUCACACUCAGGUCAACAUACCAACUGCGUGAUUUGAGCAUUGAUAGCAGUUGCCACAGAUGUAAUAUCCACAGGCGGCUUAAGAUACAACCCUUGUAGGCACAAAGAUACAAAUGUAGCUGGUAGCUGUCAGGUCUGGGUCUCCUGGGAGCGGCCCCUGAGGCUCCCCCCGCCAUCCCCCAGGGGGCGCUGUGGGCGCCGCCGCCGCAUUGCUGGUGGCAUCCCCAGGGAGGAGCCUCUCCUGCAGCCGCCGCAGCCUCUGCCAUCACCAACCCGGAAGACGCCUCUGGCAGCUGGACUGUGGGGGCUGGCCCGGCACGACCAUGCAGCCUCUGGAGGUAGGUCUGGUUCCCAUUCAAGCGAGGGAGCCGAGACUGACCCGCUGGUUACGGAGAGGCAGUGGGAUCUUGGCGCACCUGGUAGCUUUGGGCUUCACCAUCUUUCUGAUUGCGCUGUCCCGGCCAGGAACCAGUCUUUUCUCCUGGCAUCCAGUAUUCAUGGCCUUGGCGUUCUGCCUCUGCAUGGCUGAGGCCAUCCUAAUCUUCUCGCCUGAGCACUCCCCAUUCCUCUUCUGCACCCGAAAGGCCUGGAUCCGGCUCCACUGGGUAGGGCAGACCCUUACCAUCCUCUGUGCUGCCCUAGGCCUGGGCUUCAUCAUCUCCAGCAAGAUCCGCAGUGAGCUGCCCCAUCUGGUGUCCUGGCACAGCUGGGUGGGAGUUCUGACGCUGCUAGCCACUGGCACCCAGGCACUGUGUGGGUUGUGCCUCCUCUUUCCCCGGGCAGCGAGGGUCUCAAGGGUGGCUCGCCUCAAGCUCUAUCAUCUGACAUGUGGACUGCUGGUAUACCUGAUGGCAACAGUAACAGUGCUCCUGGGAAUGUACUCAGUGUGGUUCCAGGCCCAGAUCAAAGGUGCAGCCUGGUACCUGUGCCUGGCACUGCCCCUCUACUCAGCCUUGGUGAUCAUGCACCAGAUUUCCAGAUCCUACUUACCAAGGAAGAAAAUGGAAAUGUGAGUGUCUCCAAACAGAAUUCAGGAGGGCUACUUGCCUUGGACUUCAGUGGUUCCUUGAUGAACAAGGGACCUACUUUAGAAGGGCUUGGAUUUUUGUACUUCAUAAUUAGGCCAGGAGCUGCAAAAACCCAAGCAUAUAUUAUUAGUGAUGAUUCAGUGGGCAAAAAUGAGGAAGUGUAUGUGGUACAAGUGGAAGGUGAUAGAGAAUUUGAGCCUGAAGCCUCCACUUUUGAUGGAAGACAGAAGUAUUAGGUGAUGGUGGUGGUGGCAGUGGUGGUGAUUUCCCAUUUGAAAUGAAGAGUUGGAUUCAUGCAAGUUAUGAGUGAACUACCGAUAGUUGGGUCCCAUUUGAGAAAGCAAUGUGAUGUAGUGGAGAAAACCCAUGGGUCUUGCUUGUGGUCUUCUUAGGUUAUUGUAUAACCUUAGAUAAAUUCUGUAUCUCAGGACCUCAGUUUCUUCAUCAAGCAAAUGUUUCUAAACCAUCUCUAAGUCCCUUUCAUCUCUAAUAUUCAAUAUUUUUCAAGUUGAUGUCACUGAACCCUCUCCCCACUCAGUACUGUGUGGACCAUGUAGCAGACUUAGGAUAUAACUUUUAUAUUCAUUCUCCUUUUACCCCCUUGAGAAAGAUGUCUGCCCCUGUGGCCCUUCAGAAAUCUUGCCGAUUUGGCUCCUGGAGCAGGGCACAAGGGAUCUGGCAUUGGUCAGAAGGGCCCAAGGGAAUGUCCCCUGGACUCCAAGACAGUAAAGGCACUAAAGUCACUUUAAAAUUUUUGAAGGUAUGAUGGCCAUUGGCUUACCCAGGCUCUUAGCUUCUUAUAGAAUCCUUAGCUCAGUUAAAAAAUUUCCUUUAGUCCACCUCAGGAUCUGGCCUGCAGAACUUGGAUGUGUUCCUUCCCCUUACCUCUAUUCUCAAGGCAAAGUAGUCUUGGGCAUUUCACAUUUUGCUCUUAUUAGGGCUCAGGGUCUUGCCUUAGCACAUAGCUAUUUUGAUGCUUUUAGAACAACAUAAAGACCAAGGAAGUCGGCAGGAUUCUUCUGAUCUAAGGAGAACAAAGUCUCCUUGGUUCCCUUUCUCUCCUUGUCAUCCAAGCUUUCCUUAGUUGUCAUCUCCUGUCAGCUUUUUGACCCAAGAGAGGUCUGUUUGGCCAGCUGGCAAAUGAGGGCUGGGAUCUCUUCCUUGCAGAAAACCCUCCUCCUCAUUCCAGCUAAAAGUAGUUCCCCGGACUGCCUUCAGUGAUAAGGGCUAGAUGCCAAACUGGUUAGCAAUGGUCUAGCUCAUUCAGGAUGAUGAGACCUCCAUAGAUCACAGGACUGGAAAUAAUUGGCUUUCCAUACAAAUACAACCCAUUGGAAACUGGGAGGCCUGGGAUCCAUUUCCUGUGAUCAGGGAGAAGCCUUCUUUGAUGUUAGUAUCUUAAAUGUCCUGGGCCUUCUCAAGCUUCCGGGCUUCCUCUGCAUAUGACUCAGAAGCAAGCAGGUUGGUGUGAUUCAGUAGCAUAGGAAUGAGGUCUGAGAGGGCAGAUACAUUCCCAGUGGGCCUCACUAUUUCUCCUAAGUGAGAUGGCAUCUUCCAGGAGCUCUGUAGAUGUUGAGCAUCUAAAGGAUGUGCAGAGGGUGAUUGUCCUCUCUCCACCUCACACUACCCAACAUGAUGUAAAGUUAGAAGCAGUAGUUACUGGGUUGCAUGGAGGAGAUUAUCAUCUAGGGUCACUUUGAUCCAGGCAUUCUACCCCUCCCCUGAUCAUGGCCAGUGCUAGGGUCUGUACGGGGUGAGAGGGCCUGGUAAGGCUCAUCAGCCUGCUCUGAGCAGCAGGCAAUGCCGGAAAGCCUGAGUCUGCCUGAGGUGUUGCCUCCUCCCAGGUGGUGCGGGGGCUGGUGGGCGGGCGGGCAGGCAGGCAGGCGUGCUGACAGCCGGCAGUUUGCGUGGGCUGUGCCAUCUGAUGUCUAUUCCCAGCCCUGGGAGGAAGGGGAAUCAUUUAUAUUCUGCAGGAGGAAGGGACCCAGCUGUCGUCUCUCUGACCAGUGGGCCUGGAGAGCAGGGCCUAGGCGGUCUGUUUAGCCCAGUCUGACUGUAGUGUAGCGAGUUGGUCACCAACAGGAGCCUUUUAUUUUGGUAGGCCAGAUUGUGGGGGAACCUUCCUCCCCUCCCAUCUUUCCAUUUCUCCCUCCAUCACCACCUGUCCUCACAUCCUGGGGCAGCAGCUGGACAACCAUUAGACCUCAGUGCCAGGGUACUCUUCCUGUAGCUGGGAUCUCAGUGGCUGCCCACAACAUAUGCCCCCUGGCUGUGUGCUCUAUCCUCCUUCUAUUCCCCCUCCCCCACUUCUCUGGAUCUCCUGAUGUCUGGGUACUAGCUGGGCCCCUCAGCCAGGCAAAGGCCUCAAGGGAGAAGCAAGAUGGCUGUCCUUUUCCCUGAGAAGGGAAAGCUGCUCUACAAAACAAACAGAAAAAACAAACCAAAAAAAAAAAAAAAAACCUUCCAGGGUGCUCAGAUUAAAAAAUAAAACAAACAAAAAAGCUGUCAUUUGCACUGAUUUCCAUAUCAGGCUCCCUAAAUGAUGAUUCCAAAUUUGAUUAUGUUCCAAGUUUGAUUAUAUUCAGACUCAACCUUGAGUACAUUAGCAACAUAGAUAGCUUUGUAUCCAGAUCCAAAUGGUAAUGGGAUUGCCAUUCUGGGUUUGAAUACCUCUUACAAGCCCCCACUUUUCCUGUAACUACUUAUUUCUUUGAGUCCUAUCAGGGCUGGGAGUGGUGUUGAAUGAAGUUGCAUGUCUGAGGAAGUUGUCCAGCCUCACCUCUUUGGUUGUCAGCUCCACUGGAGAUGUGUUGUUGUCACUAGCCAGCCUGUACCUCCUCUCCUGACUGCUCACAAGGCAGACUACCCUUCCCUACUCCCUGACACUGGCCUGUCCAUUCUUUCUCAUUUUCCCCAUCCUGGCAUCCCCAUGCAUGGCUGCUGUGGGUCUUGUUUUUCCAACCUCACUGUGGGAGAUGCAGGCAUCAUCCCUGAGCCAGCUGGCUGCUAUGCCAAGGCCUGUUCAGUUAAUAAUAAUCAUUAGCUGAAUGGUGCUGGGGCCUUUCAGCUCCAGAUCUCUAAGCACUUGCAGGUUGAGUCAACAGCCCUCACUUUCCUCCUCUUCCUGGGCUGCAGAGUGUGACAGAAUGGGGAGGCACUGUGGGAAAGGGGGAGUCAGGAGUCUUGUGGCCUGGCCAUCCCUGAGGCUUUUUCUGGAAACAGGUAGUGAGUCCCCUCCAUAAACUACUAAGUCCUGAGCCCAUGAAAAAGGUUGUAGGGAAUACAGUGUGUGUUCAGUUGAGACUGGUGGUGGCAGUGGCAGUGGCAGCUGGUGACCUGGAACCUUUAGUACUCCUGGCUUUCCUUCUGUUUACGUGUUGUGGCCUUCAGGGGGCACUCUGGAUCCCAACCCCUCAACCUAAGCUUUUCCAGUGCCUCUCUGCAAGCUCAGGGAGCAGGGAGGCUUCUGGUUUAGUGUCUCUGAUCCCCCUGUGUGUGGUUGGCAUAAAUAGCCUGUGCAUCAUAACAUAAAAGAUACACUGACCUGGAACCUGGGAAAAUUGCUGUAUCAGUUUACUCAGUCCCCACCUCUGGUGUAGCCGCAGGCAAACCAUUUGCUAUUUGACCUACCUCACAGGGAAGCUGAGAGAGUUAGAUUAGAGAACCCAUGUUAACAGGAGAUGGAAAGUUCAAAGCAUUAAAUUAUGUAAACAGCUGGUAUUACUGUGUUCUUGUCCUUUUCUCUCUCACUGGCUCUGGGCUUAAUGCUUCUUAGGGAGGCAAUAAACAUUUAUGGAUAAUGAUGCUUGGGGGACCCAAGAGACACAUUUCUUACUUUAAGAUGCAAGGUCAGUUUUUAUGAACUCCAGGAGCCAGAAAUGCCACCAAGGCCAUAACCAGUGAGGGUUGCUCUAACUGCUGCCUAGCUAGUGUUUUCAGGUCAUGGGGCUAACUACUAAUGGUGGAGUCAGAACAACUGUCCUCUAGGGCUAGCCAGAGCUGGUCUUAGAUAGGAGCUGCUGGCCACAGGUCCAGCUAAAUAUCCUCUCCCUGAUUUCGUCCUUCUUAGCAAGGAGGGGCACAUAAGUCAGGAAGUGAGAAGUGAUAAUAGAAAACACCAUACCGCCAUCCUGACCCCUCUUGUUUUCCCUCUGUAGCCUCAAGCCCUCACGCCAAGCUCUGGGGAUGGACAUGGCUUCUGGCUUCCAGAGGUCCAGUUGGUUUCCCUUCCUUAUGUCAGAUUCUUGGAGUAGGAUCACAGUCUCCUCUUCCUCCUCCAAAUGCUUUAUUGAAAUUCACUCACAUACACAUACACACAUACUCGCAUGCCAUGAAAGUCUGUUUAAAUUUGAAAUCUGAGGAAGGAGGAUACUUUCCAUUCCAUUUGCCUGAGAACAGAACAGCUUGGAGUAAGUGCAGAGAGGCAGGAGCAACAGCAACACACAGGUUUUAAUAUUUGCUUUUUAACUCCCCCCCCCCAUCCUGGAACCUAGGAAUUAAAUACUAAUCAGGAAUUGUAGGCAUAAUCUCACUCAUUCUCACGACCAUGGACACAAAGAAGCCAUAAAUUAAAGGUGAGAGGAUAGGGCCCUAGAUCUGUCCUGGAGGGUGGGGGGCAGUAGUCUCUGCACUGGGCUGGACUCACACAGACAAAAUUACUUCCAGUGAACACUACUUUCCUCCCUACACCACCCUGAAGACUUGGCUCCUCACCAAGGAGGUCUCUGAAUAACACAUUUUUUUUUGGUUUUUGUUUUUUGUCUUUUUGAGACAGGGUUUCACUAUACAAUUCAGGCUGGCCUAAAACACACUUUGUAGUCCCACUGGCCUUGAACUCACAGCAGUCCUCCUGCCUCAGCCUCCUGAGUGCUGAGCUGGCUUGCAGGCAUGCACUAGCAUGCCUGGCUAACAGUACAUUUUUAAUCCACUUGCUAUUGCCAGAACUUCUUUUUUAACCUCUUUUGGGAGCAGACUAAGGAACCAUUUCAAGUCAACUCUUUCAGUGAGUAUACCUGAUAGCCCAUAGCACUGCUAUCUUUAAAGUAUAUUCCUACUUUUCCCACAACCUAAGUAUGCCCAGUUGUGCUUAGUCCCACACCAAAAGCAGAUUUUGACCAACUAAGGCAGAAGUGGGAGGUGGUUAUGACUCACUUUAUGUAUGCCAGUACUGAAGGGCACUUAGACGUCCCACUGCAGGACUACAUAUUCUGGCUCACUGAAAGAUGGUUCUCAGGCCAUUGUUCUAUUCCCUCUUUGCUCAGGGAGGGGGCACAGACACAAUAACUAGGCUCACUGGGAAGGUCUUAGGAUGUAUCUUAAGUAUCUUCAUCAUUUGAUAUUUUCCACUUGUCAGUUUAUAUACCUGAUGAAAAGGCUUGAUUAACAGCUACUUUAGCCUUCCUCUCUCAAGCCCUAGGAGAAUCAGCAUCUGGGAUAGAUCUACUGUGGCCUGUCCAGAAAAGCCAACUAUCCUACUGAAGGAGCCUGAGCUUUUUCUGCUAUGUGUGUGGGGAAAGUUGAAGCUACUCCAUUAGUUUCCUGGGAGACAAGUAGUACAAAUACAUAAAGGGGAGGAGUUGAGAGACCAGGUGAAAGAAACAGUCUAGGCCAUGCUCUGAACUCUCAUUUUCCGUUCUAAAAGGCAACUGUCACAUUAGCCUCCUCCACCCCCUGAAGUGCUACUUACGGUGGGGUGGUGAAAGUGCUAUAAGCCAUGGCAUACACAAUUGCACAUCUUGGCCAAGAUCUGGGAACUUCUUGUGACUUUGGGUGGCGUAAGGCAGCAGAGUUGAAGCAAUAUGGCUAUGAACUUCCUUGGGAUGAUGGAGAAAACAGUAUCAAAAUUUAGGCCUAAGAUAUGCCUGGUGGGGGCUGAGGAUUUAGCUCAGCGGCAUAAGCAUCUGCCUUACAAGCAGGCAGUCGUGAGUUCGAUUCCCGGUACCGAUAAAAAAGAAAAAAAAAAAGACAAAAAAAAAAAAAAGAUAUGUCUGGUGGCACAGACCUAUAACCCAGAACUCUGAGAGGCUGAGUUAGGGGCUUGCAAAUUCAAUCCCAAACUGUGCAAUUUAGUAACUUAGGGAGACCCUAUAUCCAACAAUAAAAAUAAAAUAACGCAAUGGAGAUAUGGAUCAGCGUGAAGGCCCUGAGUUCAAUCCAUAACACUGCAAAGAACAAAACAGAAAAUCAGGCUUAGAGAUGGGUUGUGGCAGGGGCCAAGAAACAGGAGAGAAUAACUAGUCAUUCUCAGGCUGCUCUCUUUACCCUAAAUAUGCCUGAUCUCACCUAUUCUCUUUACCAGCUUAUCCUCUGGGCCAAACUGUCAGCCAUAGCAAAAAGUUUGCAAAGACAAAAAACUGUAAACAUGGGCUAUGGGAGGGCUUUGACAUGAAAAUCCAUCAUUUUAUUACUCAUUGCCAACACUGAUCCAUCUGAUGUGCUGGUUGUAAGAUGUUUGUAUCCUUCACCAGCUCAACUGUUCCUCAUGAACUAAAAAAGACUUAACUUCCAGCCAGCAUGGUAGUGCAUGCCUGUUAUCCUAUCUUGGGAGGGUAAGGCUAGAGGAUUGCAAGUUCGAGGCCAAUAUGGCAGCUUAGCAAGAUCUUGUCCCAAAUUUUAAAAAUAAUAUAAAAAGGGAUGGGGAUGUAGGUAGUGCUUGCUCUAAUAUGUGUGAGGGACUGGAUUCAAUCUCCAGGACCAUUCAUACAUAUACAUACAUAACACACACACACAUGCAUACAUACAAUAUGCAGACCGGGACCUGCCUGCUGGUUGAAAUUUUAUAAAUUUAAGAAAUUAGGUAAUUACACAAAUUCUUAUCCUUUCAAUUUCCUUUUUUCCCCCUCCUUGUUACAUGUUCUCUCUCCCUUUGGGACCUACAAUCCCAAAGGGACAAUCCCCUGCUAGAAGUAUCAAGAGAGUGGUCAAUGAAUUUGGCUGAUUAGAGUUUAGAAUCCAUUCCAGUUUCUGGUAGGCUAUAUCUUUACCAAAAAAGUGAAGAUUACAUUUUCUCAUUGCACAUAAUGCCUAGAACUCACUAAACUGUUGGUGAGUAUUAAUUUAUGCAUUAAAUGAGUAUACUUUGGCCUUAAAAUGGCUUCCAUUUACAACAUGAAAAUACACUCAUAAUAAUCAAAGUUACAUGUAAGUGAGUGGGUUCCCACUAUGUUUCAAAACCCAUUCCAAUCAUUUUCCCACAGUAUCCCUAGUAAGCUCAAUCUAGACUUUUAAGAGCAUUCUGUGGAGGAGUCAAUCCUCCCCUCAGACCCAGAAAACCUUCAUUUUCUUUUGAGUCUUAGCCCAGGGCAUAGAAUUUCUAAACCUGCUUACUAAAGCCUAAUAAUUGAGAAUCUGUCUCAGAGGCUUGGAAAAUAUAUUCCAGUAGUCAAACCAUCUUACUGCCUGGAUUUGUGUGGUCUGUGAUCUAUUGAUAAUUUUUAUAUUUUUAUUAUUUAUUUAUUUAGGUCCUGGGAAUCAAACUCAGGACCAUGCAUUUUCCAGGCAAGCACUUAUGCUACUGAGCUAUAUUUCCAGUCCUACAUUUUUAAGCACACUUUAAAAAAAAUUUUUUUUGGUACCAGUAAUCGAACCCAUGACCUUGUGCUUGACAGGCAGGUGCUUAUGAUGCUGAGCUAAAUCCCUACAUUUUUAAACGGUUACAAAAGCAAAAAACACCAAAAAGACAUACUGAACCAGGUGUCAUUCAUGUAUGUAAUCCCAGCAAUCAGGAGGCUGAGGCAGGAGGACUGCUGUGUUUGAGGCUAGUCUGGGCUACAAAAUGAGUUCAAAGCCAGCCUGAACUGUAUAGUGAAACCCUGUCUCAAAAAAAAAAAAAAUGCUGAAAUUGUAUCUAAUUCAAAUUUCAACAUCCAUAAAUAAAUUUUUAUUAUGCA